AUGUACGUGAGCUAUCUGUUGGAUAAAGACACCAGCAUGUAUCCAGGAUCCGCAAGGUGCACCAGCAACAACCUGCCCGUGCAGAACUUCGUGUCCGCCCCGGCCUACCCCGAGUACAUGGGAUACCACCCUGUGCCAGGCCUGGACGGCCACGGGCAGGCGGCGCCGGCCUGGGGCUCCCACUACGGCCCCCAGCGCGAGGACUGGAGCGCCUACGGCCCAGGCCCGUCCGGCGCCGGGCCCGCUGCCCACAUCAAUGGCUCGUCCCCUGGCCAGGGCUCCUACAGCUCUGCUGACUACAGCUCCCUGCACCCCGCUGCUGCUGCUGCUGCUGCUGCUGCGGCCUUGCCUCCCGGAGAGACAAUUAAUGCCCAGCAGAUCUCCCCCAGCAGCCAAAGGCACAGCUCCUACGAGUGGAUGAGGAAAACGGUGCAAUCCACCUCCACAGGUAAAACAAGAACAAGAGAGAAGUACCGAGUGGUUUACACAGAUCAUCAGAGAUUAGAAUUAGAGAAGGAGUUUCAUUACAACAGAUACAUUACAAUCAGAAGGAAGUCUGAACUUGCUGCAAACCUAAGACUUUCCGAGAGACAGGUGAAGAUCUGGUUCCAGAACCGCAGAGCCAAAGAGAGGAAAUUAAUGAAGAAGAAAAUGACUCACUUCGAGGGCAGCAGCCUGGGCUCUCUGCAGAGUGACUCUGGCUCCGUGAGCCCCAUGCCGGUCCCCGAGGCACAGACUCACCCGGAGCUGCCCGGUGCUCUGUUCGCGGCGCCCCCGGCCGCGGCCGCCGUCCCCAUGGGCGGGCUGCAGCACGGGGGGAGCCUGCAGCAGGUGGUGGCCUCGCAGUGA